UGACGGUGUGACAGAGGAUGUGGGAUACGCAGCUCCUCCGUUAAUGCCAGAAUAUUUUUAGACGCCGGGAGGAAAUCUGGCCCUGAAUGAAAUUUUUUUUUGAGCUGCUGGUCUUUCCUCACAUCUGCUGUGCUGUCCGUCAGUGGAGAGUGACAGGUGUGUGCUCUCGAGGAGAGGUGCUUCUCUGCAGAUUGUAAUUCAAUCUUCAUACUGCAGUCCUUUAAAUAUCUCCGUUGAAAAGCUUCCAGCAGCCACGUGGUGUAAGGUGAGACAUUCCCAGCCCGGUGCACCCACCAGUCUGAUGAUCAGUGCGCUGCGAGCCGGACCCUUCGCUGCCACUUCAGACCCUCCAGUUCAUUUUUUCUUUAGCUUAUUGUGAAGGACUGUUUACGUGACUGCAGGGGAUUUCUGUGGCGAGCCCCCACGUCUAUUGUUUUCCUUCCUCUUCUGUUUUGGUCCAGUAUGCUCUCUUCUUCUUUUCGUCGGUGCACCCUGAGGACCUUGCAGUGAAUGGAGAACAUACUGGUUCUGCUCCCGAAGCACCGACAGGAACACGGGCUCUGCAGGCGCACGGCUGCAUGUGCCUUGCCGCAGGUUUUCUCCCGGUCUUUAGUAGCGACCCCAACUCACUGUAAGCCUCUUUAAUGGGAUAAAUCAAUUGGACUGAUCAGGUUCGAGACCAGAUCAGGUGGCCAAUUCCAUUUGGACUUCCCCAAAGAACUGACAGGCCGAGGCAAGCUGACCUUUUUUUCUUGUCAAGCCCAGUGUUUUCCAAAGGCUUCCGCAUGGUACUUUGGUCGAAAGAACAAGACAAACUCCCCGACAUCGACAUGUCCUCCGGGGACAUUGAGGGGAAGAAGGAGGGAGGCCCCCUGACCCCGGCCCUAGUCAACUCCAACUGCUCGGUCCCCCCAGUGAUCCUCACGAAGGGCCCCGAGGACGGGAGCCUAGGGAGCGGGGGCGACCUCGAGCUCACAGAGGUCACGUCUUUCACGGAGAGGGCCGGCGACACCGGGGAGGAUGUCGAGAGGUCGGAGAUCGUGGUGGCGACGGACUGCCGGGCCAACGCCAAAGGUCAGCGGGAGGAAGACGCCCUCCUGGAGAACGCCAGCCAGAGCAACGAGAGCGACGACACCAGCACCGACCAGAGCCCAGAACCACCGGUUCCCCUCAAGGAGACCUCCUUCACCAUCGGCCUGCAGGUGGUCUUCCCCUUCCUGCUGGCCGGGUUUGGGACGGUGGCAGCUGGGAUGGUGCUAGACAUCGUCCAGCACUGGACGGUGUUCAAGGAGGUGUCCGAGGUGUUCAUCCUGGUUCCUGCACUGCUGGGACUCAAAGGCAACCUGGAGAUGACGCUGGCCUCCAGGCUUUCAACAGCGGCUAAUAUUGGGCAGAUGGACAACGCCAAGAACAUGUGGAAGAUGAUCAUGGGGAACUUGGCCCUCAUCCAGGUCCAGGCCACAGUGGUGGGCUUCCUGGCCUCCAUCGCUGCUGUGAUCUUCGGCUGGAUCCCAGAGGGCCACUUCAGGCUGGGCCACGCCGUGCUGCUGUGUGCCUCCAGCGUGGCCACCGCCUUCAUCGCCUCGCUCAUUCUGGGCCUCAUCAUGAUAGGGGUGAUCAUCGCGGCAAGGAAGGUCGGCAUCAACCCGGACAACGUGGCCACGCCCAUCGCUGCGUCGCUGGGGGACCUGAUCACUCUGUCCCUGCUGGCAGGCAUCUCCACGGGCCUGUACAAGGAGCUAGAUAACGACUACGCCAACCCCCUGGUGUGUGCCGUGUUCGUGGCUCUGUGCCCGCUGUGGGUGCUGAUCGCCCGGAGGAUCCCGUCCACCAGAGAGCUGCUGUACUCCGGCUGGGAGCCCGUCAUCAUCGCCAUGGCCAUCAGCAGUGUUGGGGGGUUGAUCCUCGAUAAGACCGUCACCAACCCAAACUUCGCCGGCAUUGCCGUCUUCACCCCGGUCAUCAACGGUGUGGGAGGCAACCUGGUGGCGGUUCAGGCCAGUCGGAUCUCCACCUAUCUGCACAUGAACUGUCUCCCCAUGGGCGAUCCCAACCCCCCGCCCAGGAAGUGCCCCACACCCUGCGCCUCCUUCUUCGGCUCCUCGGUGAACUCCCGCUCCGCCCGGGUGCUCUUCCUCCUGGUCGCCCCGGGUCACCUAGCCUUCCUCUACACCAUCAACUCCCUGAGGGGGGGGCACACCACGCUAACAGCUGUCUUCAUUUCUUUCUACAUGGUUGCUGCACUACUCCAGGUGUUGAUCCUCCUCUACCUGGCAGACUGGAUGGUGCACUGGAUGUGGGGCCGAGGCAUGGACCCCGACAACUUCUCCAUCCCCUACCUGACGGCUCUGGGCGACCUGCUGGGGACCGGCUUCCUCGCCCUCUGCUUCCACAUGCGAUGGUUCAUAGGGGACAGAGACUCGAACUCGGGCAACUGAAUGCAUGCACGGACACAAAAAAAGAAAAUCCGGAUCCUCGCUAGGCCUGCACGCACGGACAGUGAUGAGCGCCGCCCGUCCGUGUGAAAGCGGACAUCUCUGAAAGGGCUAUUCUCCAGUAGGGCUCGGAGUGAAGGGGUAGCGCUUGUAGGGCAGUAGUGUUUCAUCUUCAGGAUAUAUCUGCAGCACAGCGGGCAGAAACUGUGUUUAGAAACACCCACCUCAACCAUUGAACACCACUCUACAAACUACACUGCUCCUCCUAAAUCUUAAUAACUGAGUCUUACUACUUUUGUUCUUAUUUUACCUUUGACAAUGAUUGUUUUUGUCUGCUAUGAAUCGACGCGUGCAGGGCCAGUCCUCAUUAUUUUCAAUGGGGACGUUAGCCCCUUUUUAAGACAGCAAAAAAAUAUAUGUCCAAACAAGCCUUGAAUACUUAAUCACCAAGUGCUUUGUCAUACGUACUUUAUUAAUUUACUAUGUGUCUAAUUUAUGAUUUAGUCGAGUACAUAGGCUCUCUUUUACCCUGGCCUGGGGACAGUAGGAACAAGGAUUUGGGUGUUCCUUACAGCAGGGUAAUGGACCACCAACUUAACACACUAGAUCCCUUUUAGCUUAAUUUGAAUCAAAUCGAAACAGAAAAUUGAAGUUGUAAUUCCCACGCCUACUUCCACCGGAUCCUGGACUUGAGACGUCAUUUGCACACCUAAUCAAUUUCAAAGCUACCGAUCAAUUAGGACAGCAAUAGCCUAAUUGACACAAUAGCCUUUAUUGUAUUCCUCAAAGUUCCUCAGAGGUGCUUCCUUUUUUCGUCAAAUCUAUUUAAAACUGACUUUACAAAAUACCCAGACUACAGUUCUUCUUUGUUUGAGCAAACACACAGAAACAGUGGAAAACAGAAUGUUGAAAAUGGCCAGACAAGUGUCAGCAAGGGAUUUGUUGGUACACCUUACACAGUAACGGUUGUUUUUUUCGUGGAUCAUGCCAAGAGGUCAGAGAGGUUUUAAUUUGCCGCAAGAGGAUAAUUCCCCUGCCUAAAAUAACUGUCUAACUCUCUACUAAAGCAAGCUAGUUGUCGUUAAGUGAAAACAUGCAGCGACACACUGGAAACAACCUGUAGAGCUAACUGUACAAUGCUGUAUGCACACGAGGUACAGAGUGUGCUGAAGUGCCUUAGCCAGGACGUGCUAACUCAGGUUCAGCAGUCUCUCAUACCAGAUACAAAGUUAUGAUUGCUUUGAGUUUUUAUGUGAAUAUGUUAUAUUUUAACAAACUAUUUCAAAUGCUUUUAGGGAAUCAAAAUUGGAGUGAAAGACAGACCAAUGUAGUUGUUAUUGGUAUUGGUUUUAAUUCUGUAAAGGAUCAGUGUAGUUCAUUAAGCUGUCCGAGGUUCCAGUCAAACACCAGCGUACCAACUGAAAGCAUAAAUUAACAACGUUAUCUCAACAAGUAGUGGAUUCUCUAACAAGUUGACAUAGAUAUUAAGUUAAACUUAGGUGAAAUUGACCAAUAGCAACAUUUCUGGACAGUCCUGAGCAUUAAGAGAAGAGAUAGCUAUAUUAACAAGCUAGCUAGCUAUCCUAUCUAACUAGCUAGCCAUCUCUCCUUGGUUGACCAGAAGUUAUCUAAGCUAACAGGGAUUGCUUUCAACUAGCAAGUCUUGUUACAUUUGAGAACUUUUAUCCCCGUUGUAGUAACUCUUGUUUUACAAUCUCGAGAACAAAAUGACCAGUGAAUUAUAAGCAGGGCUGCCAACGCGUGAGAAUAAAUACAUGUAAAAAUAAGGCGCAGCAGACCGAGCGGGUCUACGGAGGACUUCCUGUUUGCGUCACCUGUCGCCUAGCAACCUGGACAGCUGCAGUUAACUGAUCUACGGAAGAUGAGUUCAAUGGUCAUUUAUUUGUCGGGAAAAAAUGAAUUUCAGGUAUUUAGAAAAUCUUUAUGAAUACCUGAAAAUUCUUUUUUUUCAGAUAGUUGAUAAAUACAUUUGAGCUGUCUGUUAUAUGAUCAUUUCUAAAGUGUCAGGGACAGCUGCAGGGAAGAAAAGGACCCUCAUUUAUUAUAUAAUUUUAAAAAACUGACUCCAAGCUGAACCUCAAAGUUGGCAGCCCUGGUAUAAGUAAGAGUAGUAAGAGUACAGAGAAAAUACUAAAUAGACUCAAAAAAAAGUUAUCUUGACUGAUUAGCGUUAGCUUGUUUGCGGCUUGCUCUAAUCCCCCUCUGUCAAGGACACACACAUUCAUUAUGCUGUGCUAGUUUGCGGUGUGACUGUGCGCAGAGGUAGAUUUCCAUUCAUUAAAAACAAUAGGAUAGCUCAAUGUGGACCCAAACCAAUUCUCAAUCUAGUGAGUUUCAGCUAACAACAAUUGCCUUACUAGUCAAAUAACCACGGCAAACGCCUCAACAUCCAUUCUCCACUUUUUCUAUUUCUAUGGUUAGAGUAAAGUCUCCUGACACCUGUAUAAUUGUUUGAAUCACUAAUAAUAAUCUCUUCGGUCAGGAGCCUGACCUUUAGGGAGUGAAUGACUGACUGGAUAAUGUGUAAUCUAAGGGGGAAAUCGGUUUAACCCUCACUGCCCCAACCCCAAAGCUCAGCUUCCCUGAGCUGACUCUUUCUUUGAGAGCUUACAGGUGACGAGGAGAAUGAAACAGGAAGUUGUGAGCCAUGUUGACAGACUGUACCGAGUACAGAGGCAAAGAGAAACCUGCAUGUGAUGCUUGUCUUUAUCCGUCAGACUUCUGUGCUGUUUCCCAGGGGCCAGCUGAAUGCGUGUGCAGGGCACAGAAUGUGAACGUGCAAAACUUGAUUAUUUUAUCUGUUAAAAAUAUUUUAUUUUGGUCAGACUGAUUUACUUUUUGUGUGUCGAUUAUUUUUAAAACUGUGAUCUUUUUUUUGUUCUAUUACUUUCCUCCUUUCCCUAAUCUCUUUAACUCUUUGUGAUUUUUGUUUUGUGUCGUAAAUCUAAUCGAGCAAAAAAAACAACAAAAAAACAACCACUGUAAAGAUGAAGCGACGUCUCCACGCUGGUCAAAGUCACAAAGUACUGUAAUCUGCAGAGCGGACACCAGAGGGCAGCGCAGGGAUUCUCUUUUAACUUUUCAAUGUGUCUCUGUGUCCUCUGGAUUCACACUUGUCCAUUAGGAGUGACUUUUUCUUUUGACUUAUUGUAAAAGUUGCAUCCUUCCAUCUGUUCACUGUCAGUCUGUAUCCUCCACUCUCUCACUGACCAGCGUUCUGCCUCUGCGUCAAUGGAAAGGUGUGAAUACUUCAUUAAGGGGGCAAGUAAUGCUUUGUCUAUUUAUUUUUAGAUGCACACAAAGCAAAUUGUACAUAUUAUAUUUAUUCUAUAUAUAAGGUUGUUUAUUUUGUCAUUUCAUUUGGGCUCCGUUUCUUAAUGUUGAUGUCACUUUUCUCUUUAUUUUUCUUUUGCAAAAGGCCAGUAGAGCUGCUUGACGCUCGCCGCAGUAGAAAGGCGGUGAGGCUAAUGAAUAGCACAGUGCCUAACACCAGUCUUCACACACACACACACACACACACACACACACACACACACACACACACACACACACACACACACACACACACACACACAGAGGAAAAGCAUACUUAUGUAGAAAGGCCUUAACCUAUCAGAGCCAAGCUCAACUCAGAGUAACCAAUCAGGAGCUAGGUUCCCCACAGAGUAGAGUCUUUUUUUAAUUAGCUUUGAUUAAUAUAAGAUGUACAGCGAGUUGAUUAUGAUGUAAUGUAAUAAUGAGGACCCAGCAGCGGAGAGGAGGGCUGGUAGCAGCUUUUGUUCACAAAAAAAUGAGAAAAGGGGACGAUUUUAAUCCACAAACUAGGCAGAAAACCUGACGUGCAACAUGAAAAAAGGCACAUAUCACUUCUCCUUAUGAUUCCUGAUGGUUCCCUCCAUAUUAAGCCUUAAAACCUUUACCCACCUACUGCCUUAACCUCAGUGCUUCGAACCACCGAGCCCCCUGGGAGCCAACGUCCACAUCACGUUGGAGCCUUAGAAUCAGCCUUCAGCUCUCAUGGGGCUGAGGUCUUUGCAAUUUCUGUAUGUUCUUCUUGUAAAAGCCCUUUCUCGUUCUCUGAGGCUGGAGGAAGGCUUUCUCUCCCUGCAGGAAUUUGUAAAUUGCUGGAAAUAAAGGACUAUAUUAUUUCAUACCA